GGCGCCGCGGCCCGCCAGAGCCGUUCGCGCGCGCCUGCUGCUUUCUUGCGUCCUGUGUCCGCAUCAGCUCCACCAAUUCUGAGCGCAAGAAUUGACGACGAGCAAGCAGAAGCAGAAGCAGGAGCAGUAGGAGCAGACGCAAGCGCAGAAAGGGGCAGAGGAAGAGGAAGAGGGCGUGGAGAGGGAAGGAUCCGGAGGAGAGAGAGAGAGAGAGAGAGAGCGUACGGAAUUGAUUCGUUCUGGGAGUCACUGCAGCGCCUGUGAUGUGAUGGAUGAAUUGGAGGCGAACUAGAGAUCGCUGUCGGGGACGAGAUCGACGAGAAUCCAGCCUCCGGGAUACCUGCGGAGUGUUGUUGUUGUUGCCUGCUGUGGAGGACGAGGACGAGGGCGAGGGCGAGGGCGGACGACGAAGAAGAACGAGAAGCGUCGGAGCUCGUGCGUCGUCGAGGUGAGUGUGGUCUAUGAGUGCUUGCUUGAUCAAAGCUUUCCGAUGCGGACGAAAUUGGUUCCAGCGUAUUUUGCCUCGGACGAACAGAAGCGCAGACAGAGGGGCAAGCUGGCCUUUCGCGUUGGCUCGAUCGCCGGGCAGCAAAAUCGUGGAGUGAUGGGCGGUGAUUCGUUUGGACCUUCUUUGCCUCGAACUGCUUCCGAGGAAGACUACUUCGGUGACGAUUUCGAGCAGUUCGGCUCCACGUCGGGCCUGAUGGAAACCUCAAGCCAACGUCCGUCUUGGAUCGAGCCAGAUGAUCUGAAGUUGAUGCACCGAAUUGGCCGUGGCCUUUUCGGUGAUGUCUGGCUUGCAACUCUUCACAAUUCGACGGAAGAAUUUGACGAAUUUCACGAGGUGGCAGUGAAAAUGAUGCCCCUCAUCGCGGACGAUCGCGUCCGCAUCCUGUUGGCCAAGUUCGAAGCCUUAUUUGAAGCAGCUCAAGGCUUGAACCGUGUCAGUUGGCCUCAAGGAAUUUCCACCAAGAACGGAAAAGCUUGCAUCAUUAUGAAGUUCUACGAGGGAUCAAUUGGAGACAAAAUAGCCAAACUCCCUGGCAACGCUCUCCCUAUCAAAGAUGUUGUGAGAUAUGGUGUGGACCUCGUUCGAGGGAUCAUGGAACUGCAUUCUUGCGGAGUACUGGCCCUAAACUUGAAGCCGUGUAACUAUUUGCUGGAUGAGCAAGACACGGCUGUUCUAGGAGAAUUCGGUAUUCCGUUGCUCUUUUUUGAAAAUUCUGCAACAAAGUCUGAACCAGUUCCAUGGAUGGGGACACCUAAUUACAUGGCUCCAGAGCAGUGGGAUCCAGCCUUGAGAGGUCCAUUGAGCUUCGAGACGGACGCUUGGGGCUUCGCUUGUAGCAUCGUGGAAAUGAUCUCGGGAGUGAAGCCUUGGGCCAAUCUGACUGCGAAUGAGAUUUUAGAGGCCGUCGUUGUCAAACGCGAAAAACCGGCCAUUCCUGCCGGUCUUCCUCCCGGAUUGCACCACAUAUUGAGGGCGUGUUUUGAGUACGACUAUCGUCGGCGCCCUACAUUUGCAGAGAUCCUCCGCGCUUUUACGAGACCAGAUGAACUUUUCCAAGAGGGAGACUGGAUUUGUGUCAGAGACAAGCCUGGUGGUGAUUGUACCAAGAUUGGUAUUGUGAAGGCUGUGAUCGGACCUGACUCCCUGUACUUACAACUAUGCGAUAAGCUGGGAGAGCCUGUCCAGAUAUCUGGAGGUGAUCGCCUUUCAUUAUGGAAGGACAAAUUUCGAACUGGUGAGAGAGUCAAAUUGAAGAACUCUGUUUCCUCUCCCCGCUUUGGCUGGGCGGGAGUACCACAGGUGAGUCAUGAUAAAGAAGCAUUAGUCGUUGGUCUGAAUGACAACGACGGAGUCGUCGUAGUUUCUUUUAGAGGAUCCAAAGAACUUUGGAAAGCUGAUCCAGUCGAAAUCGAACGAGUUUCGGGAGGCUUGGUAGCUGGAGACUGGGUAUUUCUGCGAGGUGGAUGGGCCGUUGAUCCUGAUGCUGCAGCUGCUGAUCAGAGGACAUCAAGGAUUGGAGUGAUACAUCACGUGGCGAGUGAUGGAAAGGUGCAAGUUGCCUUUUUGGGUAGGGAAUGCCUAUGGACUGGAAGUCCACCUGAGUUUGAGAAAGCCGUCCCGCUAUCUAGCGGACAAUUUAUUCGCUUGAGGAAUGACGUCCUCUCACCUCGCUUCCAAUGGCCAGUUAAGGUGCCUGGAAACUGGGAUAUGGGCCGGAUUGUAAACGUCUUGCCUAAUGGAGGUUUAAUGGUAGACUUUCCUGGUCGUUUUAGGAACCGUAAAGGAUGGUGGGCAGAUGCUGAGGAAGUUGAGGUUGUACGGAUUCAAGAAAUCGAAGGAAUUGUGCAGAAAUAUCAGCACAUCGAGUCGAUGCAUUGGGCCAUCCGUCCUGUGGUCUCAUUGCUGGGAUUCCUCAUCGUUGCCCGUGCCGGUAUCGUGGUUGUAAAUGUUAUGACACAUCCAUUUCAGGGUAAGCAGGUACCCAAGGAGGAACCAGCGAGGAAGAUUGAAACGAAAGCUGUUAUCGAUAGCCAUUGCGUGACGAAGGAACCUCAUAAUACAAGCAGUUCGCCAUUGGCUGCGGUGGCUACGCUCAUCUUCGGGGAUAGUAGUUCUAACGGACGAUGAUGAAAGUUCCUCAUGGCACUUGGUGGUCAUCAUGUAUAUAGGUCAAGUUACCGUGUAAUUGCACGAGCAGACACCGUGUUGUAAUGGCCGAACCCAUUCAGGAGAAGGCUUCGCUCGGGAAGAACCGUCUGACAGUCUGAAUAUGGGAUGAUUGUUGAAAACUACCACAGUUGCUUGGCAGAAGCAUCAGGCCUCUUGCAACGCGCUCUGCUUCUUAGGUGACAUUAUCUGCUUGCGAAGAGCGAUGGAGUCGCUUGUCGUUGCUGAAAGUUACUGACAGUCGUAGAACGGCCUUACAAGAGUAUGCGUUGGGAAGUCAUGCAGUUGCUCAUGGACUUAGCGUUCAAAAUGUCACGAUAGCCACUCUCGACGACGAAGUUAUCGUGGAGAGGUAGGAUCCAUGAAGAUAGAACCCUAUAUCAUUCUGUGAAAAAUUGUUUGGUUCGAGAACUCGAGAGUAGUCCGGACAAUGCAUCGUGGCUGCAAACGUAGGUAGCCACAUUUGCCUUGCAAAUUUAGUUUCGCUGGACAAAGAGACAGACAGUUCAUGGGGAGUGAAAGCUUUUUUCUAUCUGUUUAUAAGCCGAGCUUUCUGAAGCGGUCCCCAUGGAUGCAAUAGCUUUGAUAGUUGUGAUGUAACCUUCUGAGGAACAGGAGAUUGCUUAAAGAGGAACAACUAAUGUGGGAAGUCGUAAGUCGUUCAUAUCAGCCAACUUUUGGCAAGAGAGUGAUUCCCGUAGUGUGCGGUAUGGCUACCGGUAUUGCUAGCCAGCCAAACACAUCAUCGGAUGACGAACUCUGCUCGUGCCUGGAAGCUAGCUGGCUCGAUGAGACCUUGUCUCUGCUGUGUAUAUGUAAAGAAAAUGUAUAUAAGCUUUUUAUUCCUUCUGCU